AUGACUGCCCGUGGGAAGAAUGUCAAGAUCCAGACUCUUGCCGCCGAGAAUGAAGUCUUUGUUUACGAUCGGGUCUAUGUCAGCGAGCAAGACAACCUCGAACUUCCGACACUCCCCCCACCACAACCGCUGGACUUCGAAAGUCCUCCAGACACCCUCGCCGAUCAAAAUGACCUACAAGCUUGGCGUAACCUGUACAAUGCCCGCAAGACAUGGGCCUCGAAUCUCACGCAUCGCUGCGAGUCGAUCGAUCAGAGCAUCCGUGACCACAACGAGCGCACCGAUAUUGUCAACCGUGCCGCAGGCGUUGCCCUGGAGAACCUCAAGACUCACGUCGGAACCUUGGAACACCGGUUUCAGGAGGCACAGGCGUGGGCGAAUGACCUGAUGAAGGAGCAACAAGUCGCCCUCGAUGGGUGGCGACGUGCGCUGGCGACCCUGGAAACUAUUCCUGCUCGGAAGGACUUCUUCUUUCUCGGCCGUCCAUCGACACCGAAAAAAGAUAAAGAUGGAUCGAUCGGAAGCCUACGCGACUAUGUGGAUGCGGAAGAAGUGCAGAAAGCCGGAUCAGAGGCGGCUGCUGUUCACUCGCGCUUCGUACACCGACUGGAAGACGUCGAGAAAUCUGUGAGCGAUAUUGCUACAGACACUCAGCGUUUAGUUGAUGAAGCCGUCCCUUCUGGAGUUGAUGGGGUGGAGAGCCUCCUCCAAGAGGUCGAAACCAUUGCGAAAAAGAUCCAGUCCGACUACGAACAUGUGCAGUCGCUAUCGAAUAACCCAAAGACGUUGGCAAAUGUCUCUCGGCUCGCUCUCAGUCAUACCAAGGACCUCCUGCCGUCGUUGUUGGACAUUAGCGCUGAGAUCCAGGCUGGCCUGGAGGAAGCCGUCCGACGAUAUAAUGCAGCUGUGAAGGCUGCAUUUAGCCAUAUGCGUCAGAUCUCCGCGUUAGAGUCACGUCUCGCCGAUGUGCAGUCUCAAAUCAACAAUUUCAGCUUUCACAGUGAGGCUUUUGACACCCUCUACAUCGUCUUCCAUAUGCCUUUGGUGUAUGGAUCCGUCCUUAUCGAGAGCAUUCGACGCCGCGAGUUCAGCGACAAGAUGAAGACAGAUUCGUUAACCCUCGCGGAAGAAAUGUCUGUUUUCCAGGACGAAGAACAGCGCAGGAGGAAGAAAUGGAUGAAGAAUAUGGGUGAAUUCAUCUCGAUCUCCGAUACGACGACCCCGGGAAUCGAAGUCAAUCUGCGCGGCCAAGAGUACGAGUGGCCUGUGGUCAAUCGGAAAGAGGCCGAGCUUUACAUCGAGGAGUUGAAGACGAAGGGCGGAAUGGCCACCAUAGUCCAGGAACUCACACAGCUCUUCAAAGACUUGGACGCCCCUACACGACUGCAACGCCGCAGGGCGAAAGCCUUCAAACAAGGCAGUCUCUACGACCUAAGUCGAAGCUCGCUUCUCCUCCGUGGCGACGACAUGGUUCGAAGCUUGAGAGACGAGAAGUCCAAAUUAGAGGAUCGACUGAAAGGCUCAGAAAGUCGAAUCCGGAAACUCGAAGACUUGCUGCAUCGGCAGAGCCAUCUGAGCCGACCAAGCAGCGGGAAUUUUUCACUCGACUUCCCUAGCUCGCCGGCAUCGCCGCAUCCUGACCAACCAUCGAGACGUUCUUCGGUCUCCUCGAGAAGAAUGUCCUCAAAUCAGUCUCCCGAGGAGAAGGCGCUUGUUCAGCGUAUCGUUCACCUUGAGGCUGAGUUGGUCGCAGAGAGAGAAACCGUACAGAAAUUGCAGAAAGAGGCCCAUGCUGAACGACAAUCCAACACGGAUAAGAUCCAAGAAGCGCAAUCGACCAAACAGGAUUUGAUUGGAAACCUUGAGGCUCGACAGCGCGAGUUUGACGACGAGAGAAGAUACCUCGAAGGGGAAAUGAAACGAUUCAAGAUUCGAGUCGAAGAGCUUGAGGAGGAACUCGAUCGAGCUAUUGAUGCGCGGGAUCACGAAAAGCAGGAUGCCGACGAACGGAUACACCAGCUCGAGAUCGAGCUCCAAGACGCGCACGUACAUACCGAGGAGCAGAUCCGAAAGGCGAGUAACUUGGUUGAACAGAUGCAGAGCCAGAAGGAAGAGGAACAGAACCUGCGUUUGCGCCUUGAUGAGCUUCAGAAGAAGGAAACGGAAAGGAGGGUGAAAGACCAGGAGAGCUAUCAUGCAUUGCAGGCUGCCUUUAUGCAUCUGUCACCCGGAGGCACUGUCCCUGCCGAGACACCCAGCAUCAUAAAGGCUCUGGAAGUUCUUGCCGAAGGCUUGUCGAUCCACGCUAAAACGGCCGAAGACAAUGCGGCUAAGGCCACUGCCGAGAUACAGACUCUGGAAGAGCGUCUCAGCAAUAUCGAGACCGAAGCAGAGGAGUUGAGAAAGACCUUGGAAGACCGUGAAUCUCAAUUAUCUUCAGCAAAGGAGCAGUUGUCGCAGGGAGAAGCCAAACUGGCUGUGAUUACGGCCGAGUUGGAGGACGAACGCUCAACGUUGAGUAACUUGGAGUCCAAGUUCGCUGCGGGCGAGACUGGCUCUGAUGCUCUCCGCGAGCGAGUCCUCGAGGAGGAAAAGAAGUGCGCUGCUCUAGCCGAGAAGCUGGCGGAGGUUGAAUCUCAAGCUCGCCGGACCGAAGAAGAGGCCAGGGACUGGAAGAAGAAGCUUGAAGAAGUGAAUGCAUCCGAACAGCAUACCGCAGCCCGUGUCGGUCAAUAUGGAGAUCGGACACAGGAACUGUCGAGAAAGCUUUUUGGACAGGUAGAGAAAUUGGAGCGCAUGUUGGAGCAACUAGGUUUCACUAUUAUCCGUCAGGAUGGCGAAAUUGUCGUCCAGAGAUCGUCCAAGGUCAACGCUCUCUCUGCCACCGGUGAUAGUCUUAGCCAGUCUGGUGUGGUGUCUGUGAAACCUGAUCCAGCUUUGCUCAAUUGGAUGGGUGCCGACAGCCCCGAGGAAGAAGACGCCCAGUUUAUGGCCUUCAUGGAAUCACUGCGCCAAUUCGAUGUUGAUAUCUUUGGAGAUGCCGUGGUGAAACGGGUGAAAGAUAUUGAACUUCUCGCGCGCAAAUGGCAGAAGGAAGCUCGCGGGUACAGAGAUAAAUACCAUCGGGUACAGGGUGAAGCGCACGACAAGAUUGCAUAUCGAUCUUUCAAAGAAGGCGAUCUCGCAUUGUUUCUUCCGACACGCAACCAAGCCAUUCGGUCCUGGGCCGCGUUCAACGUCGGGGCGCCUCACUAUUUCCUCCGCGAGCAAGAUGCUCAUAAGCUUCAGGCCCGGGAUUGGCUGCUGGCUCGCAUUACGAAAAUCGAGGAACGUGUCGUCGACCUGUCCAAAUCGAUGAAUAGCGCAAACCCUGACCGGCGAUCGAUUGGUGAGGCUAGCGAUGUCACCUCCUUUGACGACGAAAAUCCAUUCGAGUUGUCUGACGGCCUACGCUGGUAUCUCCUAGAUGCCACUGAAGAGAAGCCCGGUGCUCCUGCCACACCGGGUCUAGGGAAGAGCACCGUCGCACCUGCACAUGUUGAUGCUCGCGGGAGCAUUCGCCUGAAGCGCAGCACAGCUGGAGGGAACGUCGCCAAAACCCUCACCAAGAGCUUGGACAGCCGACGGAAUAGCUCAACGUCCAAGAGAGGUCCCUCCACGUCAUUACAACGCGCCAACGACUCGACCACCGAUCUCGCUCGGCCCGCCGAGGCAGAUGCUAAUGCUAAUGCUACUACUGCGGGCUCCCUCCCCCGGGAGACAGCCCCUGUUUUCGACGAGGGCUUGGUAACCACACAUGAGUCCUCAUUCGGCGGGCAGCAACGACUGCGAGAAGAGGGGAUCAAGUCACCCUCAUCCUUGCGGGCUGAAGCUUCCGAAGCCGCAUCGUCGCCGUCUGCCUCGAUCACCAACCAACGGUCUACUACCAGAUACCGUCCAUGGGAGAAGCUGUGGUCAGUGGAUUAUCGCCUCGAAGGUGGAGGAUGA